AGGCCGGCAGCCUCCGGAGCGCCGAGGAGGCCGGAGGCGGGGAAGGGGAGCCGCUGCAGCCGCCUGUCUGCCUGCCUGCCAGCCCGGAACCCCCCGCCGCCUCCUCCGCCGCCACCAUGGGCAUCAAAUUUCUGGAACUCAUUAAGCCCUUCUGCGCUGUUUUACCCGAAAUCCAGAAGCCUGAAAGAAAAAUUCAGUUCAGAGAGAAAGUUUUAUGGACAGCUAUCACCCUCUUCAUUUUUCUAGUAUGCUGCCAGAUACCAUUAUUUGGAAUAAUGUCCUCGGAUUCUGCGGAUCCCUUCUACUGGAUGAGAGUCAUCCUUGCGUCAAACAGAGGCACUUUAAUGGAGUUGGGCAUUUCCCCCAUCGUGACUUCCGGCCUCAUUAUGCAGCUCCUGGCUGGAGCCAAAAUCAUUGAAGUGGGUGAUACGCCGAAGGACCGAGCCCUGUUUAACGGCGCUCAGAAGUUGUUCGGAAUGAUUAUCACUAUUGGCCAGGCCAUCGUGUACGUCAUGACGGGGAUGUACGGGGAUCCUUCCGAGAUGGGGGCCGGAAUCUGCCUUCUGAUUAUAAUCCAGUUGUUUGUUGCUGGCUUGAUAGUCCUGCUGCUCGAUGAGCUUCUGCAGAAAGGCUAUGGCUUGGGAUCCGGCAUUUCCCUCUUCAUUGCCACCAACAUCUGUGAAACGAUUGUCUGGAAGGCCUUUAGCCCCACCACCAUUAACACGGGCAGAGGUACGGAAUUCGAGGGCGCCGUCAUUGCCUUGUUCCACCUCUUGGCCACGCGCACCGACAAAGUCCGCGCUCUGCGGGAAGCCUUUUACCGCCAGAACUUGCCAAAUCUCAUGAAUCUGAUCGCAACCGUCUUUGUGUUUGCCGUAGUCAUAUAUUUUCAGGGAUUCCGAGUUGAUCUCCCGAUCAAGUCUGCCCGCUAUCGUGGUCAGUACAGCAGCUACCCCAUCAAGCUCUUUUAUACGUCCAACAUCCCCAUCAUCCUCCAGUCCGCCUUAGUCUCCAACCUCUACGUCAUUUCCCAGAUGCUCUCCGUGCGCUUCAGCGGCAACUUCCUAGUCAAUUUACUCGGCCAGUGGGCGGAUGUUAGCGGGGGCGGCCCAGCGCGCUCCUAUCCGGUGGGGGGUCUCUGCUAUUACCUCUCCCCCCCGGAAUCCAUGGGGGCCAUCUUCGAGGAUCCGGUCCACGUGAUCGUGUACAUCAUAUUUAUGCUGGGCUCUUGUGCCUUUUUCUCCAAGACGUGGAUCGAAGUGUCCGGAUCUUCUGCCAAAGACGUCGCCAAGCAACUGAAAGAGCAGCAAAUGGUCAUGAGGGGCCACCGAGAGACAUCCAUGGUUCACGAAUUAAACCGGUACAUCCCGACGGCAGCUGCCUUCGGUGGGUUGUGUAUCGGGGCGCUCUCGGUCCUGGCUGAUUUCCUAGGCGCCAUCGGCUCCGGCACCGGCAUUCUGCUGGCAGUCACGAUUAUUUAUCAAUACUUUGAGAUCUUCGUCAAAGAACAAGCCGAAGUUGGUGGCGUGGGGGCUUUGUUUUUCUAAACAGGCGGGCAUUCACCUGGCUUGUGACAAAAGGGGGGGAAACGUCAUUGGACCUCACCCGAAUCCAAUAAUCCCAUUUUAAUUUAUUUUUUUUCCUCCCUUCUUUUCGAAACAAGUCACCCCAUUUGUUCACAAAUGGGCUUCUGCACAGCUUCAGAGCUGGCUGCCUUAAAAGAAUCAAAGUUUACAUUAUCUUGAUUUAAAAACAGAAUAAUAAUCAUCCCAAAAAUCUCUGUUGUGUGGCCUGUAAUGUUGGAAAACACAAUUCUUUCCUCUCCAACCCUCGAGGGAAGAGCAGCGGGCGUGCCUGUCUCGUGGCACUUUUCCACACUCGGUGGGCGUGCAAACAUAAUCUACGCAUAUCUUGUCGCCCGUUGCAAAGAGUUCCGGGUUGCUCCAAACGGCUUAAAAGAUCCCUUUCCUUCCUCAAAAAUCUAUAUUUUAUCAUGAAUUGCUUUUCUAUAUAUAUAUUCGAAGGAAAAACACAACCCCGCCCCCCCCUCCCGUGCCAUUUAAGCCCCUCUUUGGAGCAGACAUCUCAACACCCACCCACCACCCGACUCUGAAAUUUAAGCCGAGGGUGGGAGGUUGUGUCGGCAGCCACAUUUUGUGAAUUCACUCACACGGAAAUGUAAAAAGAUGGUAGAGCCUGAAUGAAGAGAAUUCAGGUUUCUGCCGACCCCUUCGGAGACCCAUCAGUUCUGACCCAGCUCCCCGAACACGACAAACCCUCUGAAAUUAAAUCAAUUAUUCCUUUAUUAGGAGCGCGAAAUGUUUCUCUCUCACCGCAGGCUAACAAGUCCAUCCGUCCGGCAGGGAGAUGAAUAGUGGUCUGCCACAUCUAUUCAUCUCCGCCCCCUGCCUUUUAUCCCCAGAGCUAAUGUGGGGCUUCACUAGCAGCGGUGACUCUUCCGUCCCAAGGACCGGCUCAUAGAUUUCCACUGCUCUCCUCUCCUCUGCCUUCUGUGCAGCAGGCACUGGACCCAUCUGUUCCUUCUCCUCCUCAUCAGCCACCUCCAGUCCUGGAUGCUAUUAACUUUCCAUCUAGGGCUGACGGACGGCCCAGGCUCGGACUCUGCCUCUCUCUCUCUGCGAGCUCCAUUCCCUCUUCCUCCUCGGAGCUCUCAGGUUGCCUGGAUGCUGGCCCUGACUCCCACCCACCUCCUUCUCCUCCUCCUCGAUUCAGCUGUUGAAGAGAGACCCUGAGCUGCUUGAAAUGUCACUCGCGUCUCUUUUUUCAAAGUCCAUGAAAACAAACAAACUCACAGCUGAGCAAAGUUGUUGGUCUUCGAGGGGCUUUUGUGUUGACAAGAAACCGAGCCUUCGUUGGUGUUUCUUCGCAGCAUUGUAGCCCGUGUAAAACAUGACACAUUAAAAGUUAUUUAAUUAAAAACUUA